GCGGUUCAAAGAUGAGCAAGCUCUACUCUCAAUGAGGAGCCAUUUAAAACUGAGCCUGUGUUUUCUUUCUCUAGGAAAACCAAUCCAUCUAGGGAAACUAUUUAAAACCCAAUCCCUCCCUUCUUAAUCUUAUCACUCUUGAAAAAUUCUACUUGGGUUCCUCUCCCUCAUCUCUAUCUAGCUCAUCUCCCUGUGUUCAUUCUCAAAUUUGACCAAUACUACUCCCAAAAGUCCUUGUGGAAAAACCAAAAAGCUAGAAGCUAUGGACGUCAAACGCCGCAGAAAACAAGCCAAGACUAGCAGCAGUUCCUUCUCUGAAGAGGUAAGCAGCAUUGAGUGGGAGUUCAUAAACAUGUCGGAACAAGAGGAGGAUCUCAUUUGUAGAAUGUACAAGCUCGUCGGAGACAGGUGGGCACUUAUAGCCGGAAGGCUUCCGGGCCGGAAAGCGGAAGAAAUAGAGAGGUUCUGGUUAAUGAGACAUGGAGAAGUAUUUGCAAGUAGAAGAAGAACAGAGCAGGAGAAGUACCAGCAAACCCAGCAGCUUUGUCAUAAUAAUAAUAACAAGAACAAGUCUACCAAGAAUAGUAGGAGAUACAAUUCCUGAUCCUGUUCAAUCAUCAUCACAGUAGGACUUAGAACUAGCUAAAAGAAAUUUAAUUUCAAAUUCAUGUAAUUUUUUUCUUUCUCUGUUUUUUUCUUUUUUUCUUUCUUGACCACUACCUAUGUUUGUUCGCAAGGUAAGGUAGUUGUGAGUUGUGACUUACCU